AUGGCGAAAGAGUUCCAAAAAACGGACCGAGAGCCCCAAAGCGUCUGGAUCCCAGCCAGAAGGGAUGCUGGUGGGUCCCAGCUAGAGGUUUUUGAACCAAGGCCUUCUGUCAGCCCAGCCGAGGGACCCCAGCAGUUCCUAAUGCUUCUGCGCACCCGACGGUUACCUGCACCGAGGAGGCACCUGGGAGCCGACACCCGGGUCACGCGAGCUAUUGGACUAAAGCAGAGGGAAAAGUUUGGAGGGCCCCGGCACGGCCUCCGAGGGAGAGCCGCCUCUUCUCAGUCUACCUCGGUGCCCGCAGACAACAGCUUCCACACGUCGUCUUCCCAGUUGUCGCCGACCUCUAGGACGUUCUGGUGCCUUUUGGAAAGAGAUAAAAAGACGUGGAACGUUAAGACCAAAUCACACAGGAACUCUUGGAGUGUCUAUCUGAUCGGCGAGUAUGCUCCAGACAGCUUUUCUCCUGGUCUCAAAACGUGGCAGCCCUUUGAGAACCGGGAAAACGCUGUCCUGCUGGGAAGGUUCCUGUGGUCACUGCCCGCCUGCGACCACCUGCACAAGAACGAAAGCGUGCUCAAGGCCAAGGCGGUGGUCGCCUUUCACCGCGGCAACUUCCGCGAACUUUACAAGAUCCUGGAAAGCCACCAGUUCUCGCCGCACAACCACCCUAAGCUGCAGCAACUGUGGCUGAAGGCGCACUACGUGGAGGCCGAGAAGCUGCGCGGACGGCCCCUGGGCGCCGUGGGCAAAUAUCGGGUGCGCCGAAAAUUCCCGCUGCCACGCACCAUCUGGGACGGCGAGGAGACCAGCUACUGUUUCAAGGAGAAGUCGCGGGGCGUGCUGCGGGAGUGGUACGCGCACAACCCUUACCCCUCGCCGCGUGAGAAGCGGGAGCUGGCCGAGGCCACCGGCCUCACCACCACCCAGGUCAGCAACUGGUUUAAGAACCGGAGGCAAAGAGACCGGGCAGCCGAGGCUAAGGAAAGGGAGAACACCGAAAACAAUAACUCCUCCUCCAACAAGCAGAAUCAACUCUCUCCUUUGGAAGGAGGCAAGCCGCUCAUGUCCAGCUCAGAAGAGGAAUUCUCACCUCCCCAAAGCCCUGACCAGAACUCGGUCCUUCUGCUGCAGAGCAAUAUGGGCCACGCCAGGAGCUCAAACUAUUCUCUCCCCGGCUUAACCGCCUCACAGCCCAGCCACGGCCUGCAGGCCCACCAGCAUCAGCUCCAGGACUCUCUGCUCGGCCCCCUCACCUCCAGUCUGGUGGACUUGGGGUCCUAAGUGGGUUGGGACUGGGGCCUCGAAGGGAUGGCUGGAGCAGCAACCACUGCAGCGACUAGGGACACUUGUACAUAGAAAUCAGGAACAUUUUUGCAGCUUGUUUCUGGGGUUCUUUGCGCAUAAAGGAAUGGUGAACUUUCACAAAUAUCUUUUUAAAAACCAAAACCAACAGCUAUCUCAAGCUUAGUCUCCCUCUUCUCUCCAACUCUUUCCACUUUUGCAUUUCACCUCCCAGUGCAGAGAUCAGGGGGAAAAAAAAACCCAAACAAACAAAUGCACCCAGUCGUCACCCAGUCUUGGUUCUGGGCAACUGUUGUGUCUGCUUCGGUUGCCUUUCUUUUUAUUUCAGUGAACAGGAAUUACAAGUGAACUGGAUUUUAAUUAUGUCUUUUAAAUUUAUUUAUGGAGAAAUGUUUGGGGAAGAGAAAAAGGAAAUGGAGAGAGGGAGAGAGAGAGAGAUGGAUAUGAAAAUAGUGAAAACAAGAGCCUUCAGCCGGAGAGGAACAGAUUGCAUCCUUAUGGUGAAUAGGAAAAAUAUAAUCUUAUAAUUUUUUGAUGAGGAAAAAUUAAGUUUACAUUUUUCAUAUUUAGUGUUAAACAAUUUUAUGUAGAUGAAAAUAAAAGGACAGUAUUAGGAGGAAAAAACAAGUGCCUAAAUGUCUUAAUGCUCUCUAUGUGAGGCAGUUAGAAAUAGAAGUGACCAUUAGUAACACAACUAUUUUUGUCAAAUUUAGUGGGGAUUUUUGGUUGUUGUUUGUUUUCUUGGGUUUUUUUUUAAAUGACAAUCUCUAAAAAUGUACCAAUGUGAAAAAACACUUUCCUGAAUGCCAUUACGUCUCAUGCCCUGAGAGCUUUCAUAUUUGUAACCUACUCCUGUUAAGGGUUUCUCUUGUUCCUAGUUUCUAGCUUGCAAAAGUAUGCCGGCAAAUCUGGCAACUUGGUAUUUGUUACUAAAACAGCAUGUGUUUUCAGGUUUCUUUUCUAUUGUACCUAAACCUGUCUAAAUUAAAACUUAGUAGAACACCAGGAGUAUGAUUCUGUUUCUGAAAGGUGAGUUGUGUAUUGCUGUCAUUGGGCCUUAUUUUUUUAAAAAUAGUUUUUCCCUUCUUUCUUAAUGGUGGCUAUGAAUUGCAGGGUACUUUGAAGGCCAUCAUCUGAACCACAAGUAGUAACUAGUUUGAUUAUAUGACAAAAAAAGAAUGAUUUUAGCCUUUGGGGUAUUUAUUUAUUUUUAUUAUUUAGAUAUAUAGUUUUGUUUACCACUAGCUCUCCUCCACAGCAUUCAUAUGUUAACUAAGCUCUUUUGUGUUAACAAGUUUAUGACAAGACUGUGAAAGUAAAAAUAAUUUAUUUGCCUGGAAAAGAGAGAGAGAGAGAGAGAGAGAGAGAAAACGUGAACAAGGAUAGCAACAUUGUGAAUUAAUUUGUACAAAUAGAAAGCAGACCACAGGACAGGAGCUCUUUUGCAGUGCUGCCGGAUAGUCCAGAAAAAUCCCAGCAAUCGUGUAGGCUCCAUAUUAUUUUUGCCUGGGGCAAAGUGAUGUAUCUUCUGUAUUUAGCUUUUAAAAUUAGUGAAACAAAUGGCAUUAUUUAUUAAAAUUCUACUCAGGAUAACA